AUGUCUAUUCUCUUGAAGGACACAAAACCUUCAAGUCAGGAUGGAGGAGACCAAAAAGAUGGAGAAUACAUCAAACUGAAAGUGAUCGGUCAGGUAAGAAGUUUCGAGUUGGACCAUUAUGCUGAUGAUCAGUAGGUAUGGUGAGGUUGGUUUAUCAGAGUCAAUUCAUCCACAUAUAUCAGUUGACCUGUUGACCUCAGUUGUUUAAAUGUUGGACUCUGAAUCUGUUCUCUUUUGUCUUCCAACCUCAGGACAACAGUGAAAUUCACUUCAAAGUGAAGAUGACGACCCACCUGAAGAAGCUGAAGGAGUCUUAUAGCCAGAGACAGGUAAUAUUCCCAUCUCACUCACAACUUAUAGUCAGAGACAGGUAA